GACAAAAGUGUCCGCGGGAGGGAGGGGAAGGCUUGGGGAACCAAGCAGCAGCGCCGCCGCCGCUGCAGCCGGAGUUGGAGGAGAGAGAAGCCAAGAAGAAAAUGGCGGCUGUAGCUGCAGAGGCGGCAGCGACUGCGGCGUCCCCCGGGGAGGGGGGCGCCGGCGAGGCCGAGCCCGAGAUGGAGCCCAUCCCCGGCAGCGAGGCUGGUACUGACCCCCUCCCGGUCACCGCCACUGAAGCGUCUGUGCCGGAUGGCGAUGCCGACGGACAGCAGUCUGCUCCUCAGGCCGAUGAGCCGCCACUCCCGCCGCCGGCGGGGGAGCUCGCCGGCACCCCAGAGGCGGCUGGGCCGGAGCUGGAGGCUGAAGAGAAGCUGCCCGUUCGGGUGGCGGAGUCGAUGGCAGCUGCGCCUCAGGAAGGGCCCAAACUUCCACCUUCUCCUGCACCGCUGCUGGAGCAGUCCCCGGCUCCGGAGGAACGCGAGGAGACGCCGCUGUCUCACCCCGCAGCACUGGCGCUCGUGCCGCCAGCGGGCGGGGACUCGACGGUGUCGCAAUUGAUUCCGGGCUCCGAGGUGCGAGUCACACUGGACCACAUCAUUGAGGACGCGCUUGUCGUGUCGUUCCGCCUCGGGGAGAAGCUCUUCUCCGGGGUCCUCAUGGAUCUGUCCAAAAGGUUUGGACCCCAUGGAAUCCCUGUGACAGUAUUUCCCAAAAGGGAAUAUAACGGUAAACCUGAAGCGAUGCAGCUCCAAAGUAAUACAUUCCAAGAACGGACAGAAGUCAAGCGUGAAGUGAAUGGUGCUGUUCCUGAUGACCCUUCUCCUGUCCCGCCUCCCGAGCUGAACUUGGCUGAAAGCCUGUGGACUUCCAAACCACCACCUCUCUUCCAUGAAGGAGCACCUUAUCCCCCCCCUUUGUUUAUCAGGGACACAUAUAACCAGUCAAUACCUCAGCCACCUCCUCGGAAAAUUAAGCGACCCAAACGAAAAAUGUACAGGGAAGAACCCACUUCAAUAAUGAAUGCUAUUAAACUACGACCCAGGCAAGUCUUGUGUGAUAAAUGUAAAAACAGUGUUGUUGCUGAAAAAAGGGAAAUUAGAAAAGGUAGUAGUGCAAGUGACUCUUCUAAAUAUGAAGAUAAAAAACGGAGAAAUGAAAGUGUAACUACUGUGAACAAAAAACUGAAAACUGACCAGAAAGUGGAUGGGAAAAACCAAAAUGAAAGCCAGAAAAGAAAUGCUGUGGUUAAGGUUUCAAAUAUUGCUCACAGCAGAGGCAGAGUAGUGAAAGUUUCUGCUCAGGCAAAUACAUCAAAAACUCAAUUAAGCACUAAAAAAGUGCUCCAGAGUAAGAACAUGGAUCAUGCAAAAGCUCGGGAGGUGUUAAAAAUUGCCAAAGAAAAGGCACAGAAGAAGCAAAGUGAAACCUCUACUUCCAAAAAUGCACAUUCAAAAGUCCACUUCACACGUCGAUAUCAGAAUCCUAGCUCAGGUUCCCUUCCACCUCGGGUUCGUUUAAAACCACAAAGGUACAGGAAUGAAGAAAAUGACUCUUCUCUGAAGACAGGACUUGAGAAAAUGCGGAGUGGCAAGAUGGCGCCCAAACCCCAGUCUCGUUGCACCUCUACCCGCUCAGCAGGUGAGGCCCCUUCAGAAAAUCAGAGUCCCUCAAAAGGCCCUGAAGAGGCCAGCAGUGAGGUUCAGGACACAAAUGAAGUGCAUGUGCCUGGUGAGCAGGAUGAAGCACAGACAUUGGGCAAAAAGGGCAGCAAAAGCAAUAUCUCUGUUUAUAUGACCCUAAAUCAAAAGAAAUCUGACUCUUCCAGUGCUUCAGUGUGUAGCAUUGAUAGCACAGAUGAUUUGAAAUCUUCCAACUCUGAGUGUAGCUCUUCUGAAAGCUUUGAUUUUCCUCCAGGCAGUAUGCAUGCACCUUCCACCUCCUCCACUUCCUCCUCUUCAAAGGAAGAGAAAAGGCUCAGUAAUUCCUUGAAAAUGAAAGUCUUUUCCAAAAACGUCUCUAAAUGCGUCACACCAGAUGGCAGGACCAUAUGUGUGGGAGACAUUGUUUGGGCCAAGAUAUAUGGCUUCCCUUGGUGGCCAGCCCGUAUUCUUACUAUAACUGUAAGCCGGAAAGAUAAUGGCCUUUUAGUCCGACAGGAGGCCCGUAUUUCGUGGUUUGGGUCUCCAACAACAUCUUUCCUUGCUCUUUCGCAACUCUCCCCCUUUUUAGAAAACUUCCAGUCACGUUUUAAUAAGAAGAGAAAGGGCCUGUAUCGCAAGGCUAUCACAGAGGCAGCUAAGGCUGCCAAGCAGCUGACCCCUGAAGUACGGGCUUUGUUGACACAGUUUGAAACGUGAACAUGGACAGUAAGCACAAAGACAUUAGCAGGCUGCUGGUUUCAUGGACUCGUACCACAAUGACACAGAAAGCACCAGAGCAUCAGGACUGAAUGAAAUUGGAGAUUUUUAAAGCUGCACUAAGAAGUAAAUGUUAAGGCAGUGGUUAAACCAAUAGUCUCUAAGGGGCACUUGCACACUGUGCUAUAUUAAACCGAAGAAAAGGUCUGCUUCCAGUGGAAAUGAGAAUGAGGGUAGACGGGAAGAGAAACUCCUAAUCAUGAGAGGACAUCCUAUUCUGAGACACAAUACUGAAAUUAGGCCGGUUAAUAACCCUACAUUGGUCUCUAAGUGUUCAAGUGAAAGGAAGAGCCACAUGUUUCUCGCCUUAAAUCAAAAGCUAGAAAUGAUUAAGUUUAGUGAGGAAGGCAUGUUGAAAGUCAAGAUGAGCUGAAAGCUAUGCCUCUUGUACUAUUUAGCCAAGUUGUAAAUGCAAAGGAAAAGUUCUUGAAAGGAAUUAAACGUGCUACUCCAGUGAACACACAAAGGAUGAGAAAGGAAAACAGCCUUAUUGCUGAUAUGGAAAAAGUUUCAGUGGUCCGGGUAGAAGAUUAAACCAACUACAUAUUUCCUUAAGCCAAAGCCUAAUCCAGAGAAAGGCCCUAAGUCUUUUCAAUUUUAUGAAGGCUGAGAGAGAUGAGGAAGCUGAGGAAGAAAAACUGGAAGCCAGCAGAGGCUGGCUCAUGAGGUUUUAAGGAAAAAAGCACCUCUAUAACAUAAAAGUACAAGGUGAAGCAGCAAGUGCUGGUGGAGAAACUGCAGCAAGUUAUCUGGAAGAUCUAGCUAAGAUAAUUGAUGAAGGUGGCUACACUAAACAACAGCCAUUUAAUAUAGAUGAAACAGGCUCAGCACCUGUGGCUCAAGUGGCUAAGGCGCCAGCCACAUACACCUGAGCUGGUGGGUUCGAAUCCAGCCUGGACCCGCCAAACAACAAUGACGGCUGCAACCAAAAAAUAGCUGGGCGUUGUGGCGGGCACCUGUGGUCCCAGCUACUUGGGAGACAGAGGCAGGAGAAUCGCUUGAGCCCAGGAGUUUGAGGUUGCUCUAAGCUCUGAUGCCACCGCACUCUACCCAGGAUGACAGCCUGAGGCUCUGUCUCAAAAAAAAAGAAAGAAAGAAAAGAAAAGCUAAGCUUCUGGAAACGAUUCACCAUUUCAAGUAUUAUUAAUAAGAUUCAUGAUUCAUGGGAGGAGGUCAAAAUGUCAACGGGAGUUUGAAAGAAGUUGAUUCCAACCCUCAUGGAUGACUCUGAGGGGUUCAUGACUUCAUUGGAGGAAGUCACUGCAGAUGUUGUGGAAGUAGCAAGAGAACUAGAAUUAGAAGUGGAGACUGAAGGUGUGACUGAAUUGCUGCAAUCUCAGGAUCAGACUUGAACAGCAAAGAGUUGCUUCUUAUGAAUGAGCAAAUAAAGUGGUUUCUUGAGCUGGACAUUCGUCCUUGUGAAGAUGCUGUGGACAUUGUUGAAAUGACAACAAAGGAUUUAGAGUAUCAUGUAAACUUAGUUGGUAAAGCAGUGGCAGGGUUUGUGAAAAGUGAUGCCGAUUUUGAAGGAAGUUCUACUAUGGGUAAAAUGCUAUCAAACAGCAUUGCAUGCUACAGAGAAGUCUUUCAUGAAUGGAAGAGUCAAUUGAAGUAGCAGACUUGCCUUAUUUUAAAAGAAACUGCCACAGCCACCCCAACCUUCAGAACCACCUCCCUUAUUAGUCAUAAUCACCCUGAGUAGCCAUCCACAUGGAAGUAAGACCUUCCACCAGCAAAAAGAUUAUGACUCACUGAAUGCUCAGAUUGUCAGCAUUUUUUUUCUUUCGUCCUGGGUAGAGUGCCGUGGUGUUACAGCUCACAGCAACCUCCAACUCGUGAGCUCAAGCGAUCCUCUUGCCUCAGUUUUUCUAUUUUUAGUAGAGACGGGGUUUUGCUUUUGCUUAGGCUGGUCUCAAACUCACAAGCUCAAGCAAUCCACUCGCCUCGGCCUCCCAGAAUGCUAGGAUUACAGGCGUGAGCCACCAUGCCUGGCCCAAUCGUCAGCAUUUUUUACCAAUGAAGUGUUUUUAAAAGAUGUCCGUUGUUUUUUCAUACAUAAUGCUAUUAUAUACUUAAUAGCCCACAAUAUAGUGUAAACAUAACUUUUAUUUUUAUUUUAUUUUUUAUUAAAUCAUAGCUGUGUACAUUAAUGUGAUCAUGGGGCACCAUACACUAGUUUCAUAGACCGUUUGACAGAUUUUCAUCACACUGGUUAACAUAGCCUUCCUGGCAUUUUCUUAGUUAUUGUGCUAAGACAUUUACAUUCCACAUUUACUAAGUUUCACAUAUACCCUUGUAAGAUGCACCGCAGGGAGGGGGAUUGGUGGGAUAAACAUAACUUUUAUAUGCAACAAGAAACCAAAAAAUUCAUGGACUUGCUUUAUUGCAAUGGUAUGGAACCAGAUCUAUGCUGUAUCUCUGAAGUAUGCCUGUACUAGCUCUUAGAUGAACGUAGGGGCUGAAAUAAGCCUUACUGAGAAUGGUUACAGAAGUAGGCACCUAAGGAGCAGCAACUAGGGAGCGAAAAGCCCCGGAAAUCUGAUGUUCCCUCCUGAGGGAACAAUCACCAUCAUCACAAGGAAUUAGUUUAGAGCUAUCCUCCUGCCAGAGUGCAAAAUAUUAUAAGUAUACAGUCUGUAAUGAUAAAUAUUAGGUAGAACAGCAUGAGACUAUAUAUACAUGAUCCUGGAUUUUUUUUUUUUUUUUUGAGACAGAGUCUCACUUUGUCGCCUUUGGUAGAGUGCCACGGUGUCACAACUCAUAGCAACCUCCAACUCCUGGGCUUAGGCGAUUCUCUUGCCUCAGCCUCCCGAGUAGCUGGGACUGCAGGUGCCCGCCGCAAUGCCCGGCUAUUUUCUGUUGCAGUUUGGACAGGGCUGGGUUUGAACCCGCCACCCUCAGUAUAUGGGGCCAUUGCCCUACUCACUGAGCUACAGGCGCCACCCAUGAUCCUGGAUUUGUAAAACUACCCAUGAUCUGGAUUUGUAAAGCCAUGAAUUGUAUGGCUUUAGCAGUUUUUUCAGUCUUUUUUGAGCCUCAGCAAGGGAGCUGUUUCCAGGACCCUCUACUACUUGCAGAGCAGAGAAGCAUGCAUUGCACAGGUCCAGCCAGACAAUGUGCUGGAUCCAUUAAUGACAACAGCUAGUAAUUUAAUUUCUAUCUCCAUAUGUCAUCUUUACAUGGCACUCAUACAAGAUGGUACUCUAAAUUCAGUUCACAAAUGUGUCCUUGUCAGAUUGUUAGUGACCAAGAGCGCAUAACUGAGUGAAUUGAGAAAUCAGGAAGCCAAGAAUAUGUUCCAAGAAAGUGGAAAGAAGGGAUGGUAUGAAUAGAAAACCUGGGCUGGAAUAUGAAGAAGGCCCACACGUGUGCUAGAGUGGCCAGAGCAGGGAGGCAGAAGCAGGUGCUAGCGAAAGGAAGGUAGGAUUACUGGGGCAAUGCCUUGUCCUUGUGUCUGUGGUUUCUUUGGGGGAAUAAAAGUGUUUCAAGUUGCUGCUCCAGGUCUUCAAGGUGGGGGCAGGGACGUGGUGGCUCUCAGUUAAGGGAGAAAGAACAUUUCAUGGAAUGGCUGGAACAUAGGCUAUUGGAUCAUACUCCCUACUCAGGACCUUGGGCAAAGGAAGCUUGGCAGCCUCUGCACAUUCAGUGAAUGGUGAUGACCUACAGUGGCAACUUGUCCACAUGCACAGAGAGCUGCCUGAGACAUGAAGUGUAGUGAACUGAAAGAGUGUACAUUCAGAAUUGUUUGCAUUCUCCUUUUUCUUUGCUGCAGCUACAGCACAAAGAGGGAUAAAAUUAGUGGCAUACCUGCUCCAGCUCAGAAGGUGUCUCUCAGAGCAGCGCUGGACACCCCUCCUAGCCGUGUCACUGGUGUGGCCAUGCUCUUCUCCAGCCUUCAGCUCCUCACCUAAGCAUACUCCAUACUCACUCCUUCAUUCAUCAGUCACAUCCCACGUGAUCACUCAGUGUGCAUCAGAAACACUUGUGGGUUGUUAAAACUUAGAUUGCUGGGCCUCAUCCUCAAUUUCUGAUUGAAUGGGUCUGGGGUGGGGCCCCAAAUCAUGCAUUUUUUUUUAGAGACAGAGUCUUACUUUGUCACCCUCGGUAGAGUGCUGUGGUGUCACAGCUCAUAGCAACUUCCAGCUCUUGGGCUUAGGUGAUUCUCUUGUCUCAGCCUCCCGAGUAGCUGGGACUAUAGGCACCCACCACAAUGCCCAGCUAUUUUUUUGUUGCAGUUUGGCUGAUUUCGAACAUGGCACCCUCGGUAUAUGGGGCUGGCACCAUACUCACUGAGCCACAGGCACCAUCCAAAUCAUGCAUUUUUGACCAGUUCUCAGGCAAUGAUUAUCUGGGUACCAUAUUUGAGAUCCAGCCUCAAAAAAAGAACCUGCUUUUGCAGCUGGUGACUGGAAUCUUGAUGAUAAGCUUAUAUUAAAAAACUUAUUGUGGGGUGGUGCCUGUGGCUGAGUGGGUAGGGUGCCAGCCCCAUAUACCGAGGGUGGCACGUUCAAACCCAGCACCGGCCAAACUGCAACAAAAAAAUAGCUGGGUAUUGUGGUGGGCGCCUGUAGUCCCAGCUACUUGGGAGGCUGAGGCAAGAGAAUUGCUUAAGCCUGGGAGUUGGAGGUUGCUGUGAGCUGUGUGACGCCAUGGCACUCUACUGAGGGCAAUAAAGUGAAACUCUGUCUCUACAAAAAACAAAAACAAAAACAAAACAACCCCCCCAACUUAUUGUAACACUCAUCUCUAGUGAUUAGAGGCAUAAAGCUGCCUGGGUAUGGCUUUCCAGUUUCAUAUGACAAGCAACCCAUGUACACUAUGUUACUUUUUAGAGAAAGUAGAUGACUUCACCUGCUAUCAAUAAAAUGAGAUGACAGGAGAACAGUAACAGGCAGAGGGUGCCCCCAAAAAUGUACACGUAUUUUAAGAAAGGAAAACAAUACUAAAAUUGUAACACUCAACAUAAUUCUGAUAACAAAAGAUGGAUACUAGUUCAGCGCCCAUAGCUCAGCAGUUAGGGUGCAAGCCACAUACACCAGGGCUGGCGAGUUCAAACCCAGCCCAGGCCUGCUAAACAAAAAUGACAACUACAACAAAAAAAUAGCUGGGUGUUGUGGCGGGUGCCUGUAGUCCCAGCUACUCAGGAGGCUGAGGCAAGAGAAUCGCUUAAGCCCAAGAGUUUGCGGUUGGAUACUAUUCAAGUCAUGCUGAGCACCUCUUGUAACUGCCGAAAUCAUGUGACUUGAGUAUUACAUAUUUAAUACAGUUUUUUCCUUUUUAAAAAUGUGUAUACAUUCUUUUGAUAUCCUCUGUAUAAUACAUACAUAUUGUUAGCAAUUCUAUGUGUUUGAAAAAUUUCUUGGCUAGCCCAGAAUACAGGAUAAAACAAUUUUCAAGUGAAGAUAAUAGAUGCCUUUCAUUCUUUUCUAUUUGGAAUCACAGCUUGUUCAGAGACCUAUGUUAGCAUUGUCAUUUGGCCUCUUACCCUCCCAGUGUAGCUGCCAAGAAUGACUCAUGUCACCAGCUCCUGUGUGGAGAAGCAACCCCCAGGAAGACACUUCCCAGCUUACACAGCCACACCCUUAGAACAUUCCUGAGUGCAGAACAGUGACACUAGGGAUUUGUCCUCAAUACCCUACAGUUGAGCACAGGAGCUUCGGGGACGCUGAAAGUGUCUCAUCAGUUGUAGUUCACAUAUUUUUUUUGUUUGUUUGUUUUUACUAUUUGCCUAUAUAUGUGACAAAAAAAUUUAAUAUAGUAAAAUUGAAAAAAAAUAGAUACAUAUAUUCAUGAAAACUGUGCCAAUAGCCAUCCAAAACCCUCUGACUUCAAAUCUUUUUUUUUUUUUUUUUUUUUUGAGACAGAGUCUCACUUUGUCACCCUGGGUAGAGUGCCAUGGCAUCAUGGCUCAUAGCAACCUCAAACUCUUGAGGCUCAAGUGAUCCCUUUGCCUGAGCCUUCCAAGUAGCUGGGACUAAAGGUGCCUGCCCAGCUAUUUUUCAGAGUUGAGGUCUUGCUCUUGCUCAGGCUGGUCUCAAACUUCUGAGCUCAGGCAAUCCACCUGCCUCAGCCUCCCAAAGUGCUAGGAUCACAGGUGUGAGCCACUCCACUGGCCCUCUGACUUCAAAUCUUUACAUUCCUGAAACUCACCCAACUAUUCUGAUUAUAAAUACUGUAUUGUAUGUUUGAAUUUACAAAUUUAAAUAAAUAAAACACUUCUUUUUUUGUAUAUUGUAGUUUCAUGGAAGAUUUAUUUUUCCUCAAAGAAAAAUACUGUUUAAAAAACUGGGAAGUCAUUAUAUUAGAACAAAAGCAAACAAUAGAGUGUAGAUUGACAGUACCAAUGGUUGCUCAAAAAGCCUCCAAACUUCCUAGGGUGCUAUACCCAGGGCCUCUCUUAUCACACCUUAACAAUACCCUUAAGUCCUUUUAAGCCAUAUAUUCCUUGAUUAGUAUGGCUGUGAAGCUAAUCAUCUCAGAGAAAAGGACAAAAGGAAACACUCCAGUUGCUGGCCGCUUUCCUCAUUAUCUUGAAGCUAUCAUGAUCAUCUUCUCUGAUCUGUAAGAACUGUGCCACCACCACUAACAGCCACCUAGGUCUCCUGUUCUAAGCUAGUAUUUAUAAAUGUCAGGCUAGGGAGGGAAGAGCAAAUAUUGUUCUGCCCAUUAAUAAUUGCAAUUAGAAUUUUUUUUUUUCUCCAACAAGUAGGGUAGACAGUUCUUUCUCAUAAAAAGGAAAUCAAGUGACGGGAAAAAAGUCACAAAGAACAGUGAACACAUCUAGAUAAAAACUCAUUUUGUAUUAACCAAAGGGAUCGAAUACCAAUAACAUUCUUCACAGAAAAAGAGGCCAGGAGUUGAGAACAGCCUGGGCAACAUAGCAACACCUCUGUCUCUAAAAUAGUAAUAAAGAAAACUAGCUGGGCAUGGUCUCAGCACUCUCCUCUGGAGGCUGAGGUGGGAGGACUACUUGAGCUCAGGAGUUCUAGACUGCACUAAACUAUGAUCGGGUUAUUGUACUUCAGCCUGGGUGACAAAGCAAGAUCCCAUUCCUGUUUAAAAAAACACACACGCUGGUGGCGCCUGUAGCUCAAAGGGUAGGGCGUCAGCCCCAUAUGCCGGAGGUGGUGGGUUCAAACCCAGCCCCAGCCAAAAACUGCAAAAAAAAACCAAACACACACACACACAAACCCAACAAAUUACAUUAUAUAAAUCUAUAGUAGGUUCGGCGCCUGUAGCUCAAGCAUACACCAGAGCUGGUAGGUUCGAAUCCAGCCCGGGGCUGCCAAACAACAAUGACAACUACAACCUAAAAAUAGCUGGGCGUUGUGGUGGGCACCUGUAGUCCCAGCUAUUUGGGAGGCUAAGGCAAGAAAAUUGCUUAAGCCCAAGAGCUGGCGGUUGCUGUGAGCCGUUAGGCCAUGGCACUCUACUCAGGGUGACAGCUUGAGAUUCUGUCUCAAAGAAAAAAAAAUCAGAUAAGGAAUUUAGUUGCUGAAAAAAAAAAUCUUUAGUAAACAAAA